UUAGAAAAACAGGUGAACCGAUAACACAUAACAAUUUUCACCAAAAAAAAAACGGCAUAGGUUAACAUAGGCGAACACUUAGCAAUUGAAACAGUUUAGACAUCGUAACCAUAAGCAUCUUAAGAGUUUCUAUGAUCGCCUGGAUGAUCGAGUGUCGAAAAGCCCGCUUCACUACAGAAUCCACCUCAGUUCUUGCUAAUUCGGCAAAACGAUGACGUUGCCUAACAAUGUUUGAAAGUCAUCCUGGCCAGCGCGAGAUCCAACUUACUACAAUUGUAAUUGUAAAAUUCUACACUUUUUAAACGUAGUGCAGAACGAGCGUUGCAGCCUUUCAUUUCAAUCUCAUAUUGAACGCCAUGUAAAUGACGUUUGACGUUUAAUUGUUCGGCCGCAUUUCCGUCGCGCUCCGUGAAUGUUCAAUAAUUUUCUUGUGUUUUCUGCGUCGCAUCGCAUUGUUGCCUAUUCUACGGACUAUUAAACUGUUUAACAUCAUCGUUUCGUCUUGGCGAAUUGUUUAGUUGCAUCACAACUGUGGUUUCCUGCUGUUUUUUCCUGCUCGGCUUAGCAGUGUUGUGCUGUGAUUACGCGUGAUUUCGCGAUGGCGGCUAUUUGCUUCUCGUGUGCUGAACCGCUAGAGGCCACCGGCUGCAUCAUCAGUUGUGCAUAUUGUGACGCUACGUUCCACCGCGGCUGUUGCAAAUUGCCCCCCGAGCUGAUUGACGCAGUAUUGUCCAAUGUCGACCUGCACUGGAGCUGCAUUGGCUGCACUAACAUGCUUAAAAAUCCGCGCUGCCGUUCGGUAAAAGAAAUAGGCGCCCAGGUCGGUUUCCAAGCCGCCCUCAACUCAGCUGUAGCAGCUAUUGGCAAGCUCGUUGAGCCUAUUGUCGCCGAAGUUCGCAGUGGUUUUACCCUCCUUCAAACUGCAUCCACGCCUCACAAUCGGAACUCUGAUCCUAGACCAGCUACUGGUAGAAAGCGGAGGCGCAUAAUCGAGGAUUCGGCAUCUCCUGGUGUAAACAAAAUUGUAAACAGUCGCGGUAACAUCCUUUGUGCCGCGUCAUCGCCAAACGCAUACACCAUCACCACGAUUGCCGUCCAGCCGGCACCUACACAACCGCAUGAACUGGUGGGAACCGAUCCGUUAUCAUCACCGCUUCAAGCUGCACCUCGUGAGCCAUUCACAGAUAGGAUCUGGAUCCGCCUAUCCCGCUUAUCAACGGCCGUCACUGUGGAACAAGUGGUCGCUUCUGUAAAGCGUCGCUUAGCCACCGAUGACGUUAUAGCGUAUUGCCUGCUGAGAAGAGGGGUUAGUGUGGACAGCAUGAAUUGGCUUUCAUUCAAAGUGAGGGUCCCGGCUAUCCUUCGAGAUGCGGCACUCACACCAUCCACCUGGCCCGUCGGUAUCGGUGUACGUGAGUUUUUUCAAUCCCGUCAACACGACCACCAAACCUCAUCUCCUAUAGCCACCCCAAACCGCUUUACAACACGCACACCAGCUACUAGUACUGAUCACCGCCAAGCCUCAUGCUCUGACAACGCAGCUCAAUUGACUUACCGUAUACCCGCUUUAUCCAACCGCCACAAUGACAACGCUACCGCUGAGUAUUUAAGCUGCUAUUAUCAAAACGUUAGAGGUUAGCGUACUAAAACAAAAGAAUUUCACUUAGCUGUUUCGGAGGCUGACUUCGAUCUCAUCGCCCUCACGGAAACUUGGCUUGUUGACAACAUUCCAUCUGCUCUUCUCUUCAGCAACAACUUCUC